AUGGACCCCGGGACAAUACGUCUGGACAUCAACCACUCCUCAGUCACGAGCAUGCAAGAAGGAAAGAAGCGUCACCGACUCUUCUCGGAUGUUCCAGCGGUAGACAUUCAACCGCCCAAGGGAAUCGCGUCAGUCUCACUCCUGUCCAUACGCAUUUGCAUGGACAUUCUGGAAGCAAGCCCGCGUAGGAGGCCCGCAGUGAAACGAACGACUUCAUCCCCGGGUGAGCGAAAGGUAGCGACUCUAGAAGAAGAGGACUCUGAUGCACUUCUGUACGAGAUUGAACUCCAGGACUUAUCGCCUGCUGGACACAUUGACCGCACGUCAACUGCUCCGAGGGCUUCUGCGCACAGGAAACGAAAACGACCAGCUACAGAGGGUGUGGUAUCGACUCAAUCAGCAUCACUUGAACAGGCAGAAAUAUCGAAACGAAGGCGCAAUCGACCGACAAACGAUUCUGCGGGGCGGCGAAAGUCCCACACGAGUCCCAAAUUACCAGAACAGAUAGAGAUUGCCAGCAUGGUCGAUGGAGCGUUGCGUUUGUCGAUUUCUGGUACUCUCAGCAAGGCCCCGCUGGGACUGAAGGCCAAAGCGAGCACUUUCCGCCUAGGGUUGGCCGAUGCAUUGUCCCAAAGAGCUCAUCUCCUACCUACCAUUGCUUGUUCCAUACGCCGAAUCGGCAGCGUAAAGGCAGCAUCCAUCUCGUUAAGAGACAAGAUAAAGGACUUGAAGAUGGUUGCGCACCAAGCCUUGUCAAGUCGCUUAGAUUCAACACUACCUGACGCUGACUAUGAGGCCGCUGAAGCCGAGUCAGCCAUCGCAAGCCAUCUAUGGGUACAGUCCCAAAGAAGUCUCAUGGAUAAACCCAUGGCCCCGAUCAAACCGUGUGUGGCGCCUAUUGUUCAACAAGCCCAGCCAGACUCUGACGACAUGCUCGCGGAUGAGGAACAAGCCUGGCAGCAUACUCAGCCCACUACAUCAUUCCAGGCUGACGGCCUGCACGAGUGUUUCGAGGAUGAGUCGGCAUUGACAGCGGGUCCCCAAGCGACCCAACAACAAGCGCGAUCUCUUGACAGCCCAGACUUGCUCUUCGAUGUUCGCGAUGAUGACGACCUGCUCCUCGACUCGCAUUCUCCAAAUGCAACAUCGACUACAGCGUGUCCAACGAAUGAACAGCUUCAUACGCCCGGCAGCCCAGCUACAUAUCCACUCUUUACACCUGACAUGUAUGUUCCGCAGUCGGGUGCCUCGUCAUCUCAGACUUUACAACCUUCGUCGCAACAGCAGCCGAACGCCGAGCAAGAACUUUUACAUCAAAUGUCAGCUGAAGGUGACGUUGAUCAUACCGAGGAUCUGCUGCUAGUCUCUUAG